AUGCAGAAGGUUCAUACAGUACCUCAUACCCGGCGUGUAUCCUACAAUAAACAUCCGACAUCCUACGGUCAACAGCGGACGUCCUACGGUCAACAGCGAUCGUCCCACAAUCCACAUCGGGCGACAUCCUACAAUCAACAUCGGACGUCCUACAAUCAACAACGGACGUCCUAUGGUCAACAGCGAUCGUCCCACAAUCCACAUCGGGUGACGUCCUACAAGCAACAACCGACGUCCUAUGGUCAACAUCGGGCGGCCUACAAGCAACAACGGACGUCCUCCACCAGUAAGGUUGUGUACUCAAGACGAUAUGGACAUAGAGUUUACUACAAUCGGGCGGUCCGUCCUUUCCCCGGAAGUAAGACAAGUAAUAGAAGAGUCAACUUCCGGAAUAUGCUGCCCCCUAUCUACCUCCCGCCUAUUCUCCCCACCGGCUGUGGGGGAACUUGUGGGAGGAACGCAGUCUGCUUAGGGGGACACACAUGUGUCUGUCGACCCACAUAUAAAGGAAAUCCCCUCACUGUCUGUCAUCCGGGCGGCGGUCCUUGUGGAAAUAGAUGUGGGAUCCGCGCCCGUUGUCUAACGAAUACCGGAAAAUGUGUCUGUAACCCAGGGUAUUACGGAAACCCACUGGUGGCUUGCUUCCCAGGUUACAGAUGCCGGCGAGGUUGCGGAGCUAACGCCAUUUGUGAUGGGCGUCGAGGAAUCUGUAAAUGUAAACAAGGAUACAUAGGGAACCCACACUAUCAAUGUGUAUCACUCGUUGGAUGUCGAGGCGGAUGUGGAGCUAAUGCAUACUGUGAUCGAGGUCGCCACGCAUGCGUGUGCGUCAAAGGGACGGGACCCAAUCCUGUAACAGGAUGCAAACCAAGAAACGGAUGCAAAAGACACUGCGGACCAAAUGCUUACUGUAAUGAGAAUUUCCUAAGAUGUCAGUGUCAUCACGGAUUUACCGGAAACCCCUACAAGUCAUGCGCAGCUUUGCCAUGUGAAGGACGAUGCGGAAGACAUGCAGAAUGCAAGAAGGGCGCAUGCGUGUGUAUCAGAGGAUAUGCAGGGGAUCCAUAUUCUAAAUGUGUCUAUGUUCAAGGUUAUGGAGGAUAAU